UUAAAAUGUAGGACACUCACUCGUUUUCAUUGAGACUCCAAGGCAAGCUGGUGGACAGGGAUCAUGUUGGGCUUUAAUCUGUCUGUGCUGCUCUUCGCCGUAUGUUCUCUAAAUAAAUGCAGCGGCGCGUUUAUUAACUCCUGCAGGUAUCCACCUUCACAGUGGUGCGACUCUCGAGACACCGCAGCAGAAUGUGGGGUGCUGGAACAGUGCACGAAGUUUAACGAAACCAAGCCCAACGCUGACCCGGUCAAGCUGAGCCUGUACUAUGAAUCUCUGUGUCCUGGAUGCAGAGGGUUUCUUGUAGCGCAGCUCGUGCCAACGUUCAUUAUGUUGUCGGACAUUAUGAAUGUCGAACUGGUGCCGUAUGGAAAUGCACAGGAGAAAGAAGAUCAAGGGAAGUAUACCUUCAUUUGUCAGCACGGAGAGAAUGAAUGUCUUGGUAACAUGAUUGAGACCUGCAUAUUGAAUAUGUUGGGAGCGAAGGCCGUUCUAGUUAUUUUCUGCAUGGAGUCAGGUGAUGAUGUGCUGAAAGCUGCCCAGCCUUGUCUUCAAGUCUAUUUUCCUGAUACGACAUGGGAUUCGGUGAUGAAGUGUGUGAAGGGAGACGAGGGCAACAAAUUAAUGCAUGAAAAUGCACUGAAAACAAAUGCUCUGAAACCACCUCAUGAAUAUGUGCCUUGGAUAACCAUUAAUGGAGAGCACACUGACGAUCUUCAGGAGAAAGCUAUGACUUCUCUUUUCAAUCUUGUGUGCAGCUUGUACAAGGGUGAGAAACCACCAGCUUGUGGUCAAGGGUUGAAGAAGAAAACCAACAGUUACUGCAUGAACUAAUCAAUGACUGAUAACAGCACUACUCAAGUCAGGAAUGAAGACGAUGUGUGGAACACAAGUGCAUAAAUGCAAAGUUUUUUUAUUAUUUUUUUAUGUUUGUAUGUACAUGAAAACCUGAUUUUGAACAUGGGUUUCUGUUGCAAACUGCAAAAGCUGACAACCAUUUUUUUAUACGAUCACGUUUCAAAUAGUUUUGUAUGCAUACAAUUAAAAAGCUAAUUUCCAUUCCCUUGUAA